GCGAACUUCUUCACAUUACGUCUCAUCUCCAGUCACUCGUUCACACCUUCCGAACUCAGCCGCGCCCGACUUCGUCGCAAUCCUCCUAACCCUCUCGCAACGGUCGGCCACAGACGCCUCAUCCGUUAGCAACCUUCGACCCGGAACCUGGCCAACUUAUUCGUGGAAGCCGUGCUGCUAGACGCGCGCGUGCUCGCAACGGCCAUUCUGAGCAGCGUGCUCGCUCCAACCCACGAUGGGUCGUCGAAAGAUUGAGAUCAAACCUAUUCGGGAUGAUCGCAACCGAUCCGUCACUUUCCUCAAGCGAAAAGGCGGCUUGUUCAAGAAGGCGCAUGAGCUUUCCGUGCUCUGUUCCGUCGACGUCGCGGUCGUCAUCUUCGGUCACAACAAGAAGCUCUACGAAUACUCAUCCUCCGACAUCAACGAGAUCGUUGGUCGUUUCCAAUAUUACGGCGGCGCUCACGAACACAAGGGACCUCAGGACUUCGCGGACAAGCAAGGCGGUGGUGACGAUGAUGAAGACGAUGAAGGAGGAGCAGGGGAGGCUCCACCGUAUCCACCUCAAAACGUCCCUCAUCCUCAAAUGCAGCAGGCUUUCAUGAGAGAGAACAACAGAUCACCCAUGCCACCAGGAUUUCAAGCGCCGCCGCCUCAAGCCAAUAUGCAACGCAACUCACCGCCGGAACAUCUUCAACCGCCACCUCAACAGCAACAACAGCAGCCUGGACAGCCAUCGCCGAGAUUGACUCAACAGCAACGACCAACGCCAUCACCACAACCUCCGCAGAACGAGUUUGCAAGUCCGCCGAUACCUCAACCAAGGCCAUUACCCGCCAACGCCAAAUCGCAUAGCAUAUUCACACCCAUCGAUGACAGUCGGUCAUUGCUCGCACAACAUUGGGGUGCGACGGGUAACAGUGAGAUGCCUCGACACGAAGCUUUGAUCAAACUGGAUGGAGUUGGACCACGCUCACAAUCCAUCGAUGUGGCUCAAAUGCAUCGCGAAAAUCAAGCCCGCGCGAACGGCAUGUCAUCCCCUCAACUCAGGCAGUCCACGUCACGUCCGCAAUCGCAGUCUCCUCAAAUACCUCAACGAUCCGCCAGCACAUCCAACACACCCGGUAUGGGACGGCCUCAGCAACCAGAACCUAAGCGACCUCGAUUGAAAGUCCAGAUUCCCAGCGAGCAGUCCGGUGAUGAGGGAGGUGAAUCCGGCCAACCAGACUCCACCAGCGAACCACAAACCAGCAAUCCCGGCGCCGCACAGCAACAAGGUCAGCAGCCUUCACACGGAGGCGUGCAUCUCCCGCCACCUUCGCCUAGUACGAACCAAAUACUCUCCGCCGGCGCGCAAGGUCCACCGAAUCCGUUCGCCCGUCCUGCUCCGCCAAUGAGUACAAAUCCGCAUGCGACAAAUCGGGAUGCAGCGAGCAACCACAUCGAAACGCCGAUAUCCGCGCUGCCUAGUAGAUUCAUGAGUGACAACCUUCUACCUUCACCGAGCACGUUCUAUCCGGAAUGGGGUUUUGGCCGAGGAGAUGGGAAUAUGCUUCCCAGCCCGUUGAACUUUCAAACGCCGGUCGUGAGUAACGGGAGUGGUUGGCGGGAGGAGGAGAGGAAGAGAGCGGCAGAGGAGGAGGCGGCUGGCGGGGAGGCGAAGAGGCCGAAGCAAUGA